UCUAUCUGUGGUGGAACGUUGUGGACAUCGACCAGAAAGUGCAGCUUUUUAUGGCGUCAAUAAAGGACUGCGAAGCUGUGUGCCAUUUUAUCAUUGAGAAUUUACAAGAUACAAACUAAUUGGCAUUUGCUGUGUUCUCAUUUACAAAGACUAGGCUACUAGCAGCUCAAAACAGUAGCUAGCUAGUUGGCUGCAACAAAUUCAAAUGAAGAAGCACUCCAGUCAACAAGAUGAAGAGCAAACCUGGGAAAAAGCAACACAACAAAACCAAGAGGACUAAACACCAUCGAGACCCCAUCAAAACAGAGUGUGGAACACAGUCAGAUGAUGUUUAUUGCAAUAGAGAAGAACCAGACAUUAGCCAAUCACCCUACAUUACUAAAGGGGUUUGUAUCAGCUCCAUCCAAAUCAAAGAGGAACCAACAGACUUUGAACAGCAGGGAAUGGGAGAGGAACAAAACCGUUCUGUUCCUUCCUUCCAGAAGAAGCACAUCAAACAUCAAAAUACAUCCAAUCCAAUGACCGGAUGUAGCAAGAUAUCAUGGAGUCCUGUGGUGACGCUAACAAGAUUGUCUAAUGUAGUGGUUAAGACACUUCUGCGAGACACUAAAGUGUGUUUGGUGAAGGAGGAAAACUCAGACGAGACAGAUGGAGUCUCUUCUCCUCAAUUUUUUUCUUGUCCACACUGCACCAUCUCCUUCACUGACUGUUACUUCCUGGAGAACCACAUGAAGACCAAACACCAGAAGCAGUACCUGGCUUUGUUCAAAAGCCAUGUCUCAACAAGUAAAACCGUGUAUGCCCCCACACACAGCUGUCCCCACUGUAGCUGCAUGUUCCAUACCCCACGACAGCUACACGUCCACAUCCGUCAGGCCCACCCCUCUCCCUCUCUAAGGAAACUCCACCCCUGCCCCUAUUGUGACCGCAGCUUCCAGUACAUAGCCAGACUGCAUACUCACUGCAAGGUUUGGCACAAAAUGGCUGUUACUUUCAUCGAUGGAUACCUCAGUUGCGCUGACUGUGGAAAGAGCUUCAAGAAUUGCUGGGGACUGGGACCUCACCAGUGUUACAAGCCUGAGGACACUAAGCCUGAGGAUGGCCCUGUCUGUGUGAACAUCGGCAUGCCAUGCUCAGAGUGUGGCAAAAGCUGCUCUAGUCCUCAGAAUCUGCGCAUUCACAUGCGCACACACACCGGCGAGAAGCCCUACGUCUGCAAGGAGUGUGGCAAGAGCUUCUCAGAAGCCAGCAGUCAUUGCAAACACAUGAUGAUACACUCAGGGGUCAAGCCAUUCAAAUGCCAAGACUGCGGAAAGGAUUUUGCCCGGAUGUGGCACCUCCGAGUUCACAUGACCGUUCACUCUGGCGAGAAGCCUUUAUCCUGCCCCAAAUGUGACAGGCGGUUUGCAUACAGUUAUUCUUUGAAGCUUCACCUGCGCACACACUCAGGGGAGAGACCUUUCAAAUGUACUGUGUGUGGUAAAGACUUUGCGGACAAAGGUUAUCUGAAGACGCAUCUGAAGAUCCACAGCAAUGAAAGAAACUACCAUUGUGGGGUUUGUGGGCUGAAGUUCAUAAACAGUGCUGCGUUGAAAACCCACCAGCGCACACACACUGGGGAGAGGCCUUUCCAUUGCACAGUGUGUGACAAGACAUUUUUCCGACACGCACACCUGAAGAACCACCAGCGCACUCACACAGGUGAGAGACCAUACGUCUGUUCUGAGUGCAGCAAGAGCUUUGCUCAAUCUGGAGAUCUCACAAAACACAUACGCACCCACACUGGAGAGAAGCCGUAUGAAUGUUCUGUCUGCCACGGCUGCUAUACCUCUUCAGGGGAUCUGGGCAAACACAUGAGGAUCCACAAUAACUCACGGCCAUAUCACUGCCAGGAGUGUGACAAAAGCUUCCGCAUGGUCGGUCACCUUAAAACUCACAUGAGGACCCACACUGGGGAGAGACCGUACUCCUGCCACCGCUGCCAUCGUACUUUUGCUCGCGCCCACCACCUCUCUGGUCACCUGCCUAGAUGUUGCUGAAUGAUUCGAUUAUUUAAAUACAGUCAACUCUUUUACUCUUGUUGUAGUUAUUUAAUAAAGGAACAGUGAUGUACAGAAGA